UAGUGUUAGGGUAGUCUCCACCACCUUUGAAUAAAGUAAAAGUGUAUAUAUAGAUAGUAGAGUGAAAGUUAAAGUUACAUGGUCAAUCUAGCUAUACCACUUAGUUAAUUAGGUUAGUUUACUAUACCCACCCCAAGACUCAGGAUUUUAUAAAGUGCUGUCUUUUAUGUUGAGUGAUCUAAACUUAAACUUGACUGUUCAGAUCUACAGAAACUAGAAGAGAAAAGUUCUCUCUGGUUCUAGAUCGAGAGAGCUCAACGAAAGUUAAAGGUUAAAUUUUGUUUUGUUGGGUUGAAAAUUGGAAAGGUAGAGCAGACAUGGCCGAGAACUCCGGGCCGGGGGGAUUUAACGACGACGAGAGUUUCCGGGAACAAGACCGGUGGCUUCCGAUAGCGAACGUGGGGCGGAUCAUGAAGAAAACGCUGCCGGCGAACGCGAAGGUGUCGAAAGACGCGAAGGAGACAAUGCAGGAGUGCGUUUCGGAGUUCAUUGGGUUCGUGACGGGGGAGGCGUCGGAGAAGUGCCGGAAAGAGCGCCGGAAGACGGUGAACGGCGACGACAUCUGCUGGGCGAUGGCGGCGCUCGGAUUCGACGAUUACGCGCCGCCGUUGAGGCGGUACUUGCAGAGAUAUAGAGAUCAGGAAGGGGAGAGAGCAAAUCAAGAAAGAGUUAGCAACGAAGAAGCCGAAAAUAUUAAUAACAAUCAAUUCCAGGAGCCUUCUUCUUCUUCAUAUCAUAGAAGCCAUGAAGAUGAAACUCAAGAACAAGACUUCCCUUCUUCUUCUUCUUCUUUUCCCAUGACUUUCAAGUCAAUGUCAAAGCCAUACUAAAAGUCCAUGGUAGAUAUAUAAUCAGAUGAACAUUUCCAGCUGGAUGGAUUGAUGGGUUUUCUUUAAUUUCAUGAUUGAUUUACAGACAGGUCAAGAAUUUAUCAUAUGAUGUUUAUUUUGGUAAGAUUAUUGUGCUCAGUGAGAGUGAUGAAUUGAAUUGAAUUGAAGGCUAUCUAUCUAGCAUCCAAACCCACAACAGGUCAGUGAAUCAAAGUAAUGUAAUUUAGCUAAUUGGAUCCAUUUCAUCACCAUAUAAUAAUUAUUUUUCUGAUCUAAA